AUGACUGGAGAUACAGAUUCUGUCGAUGUUAAUGACAAUAAGAUCAAGAGAAAUUCUAUGGGUUCGUAUACUAAAAUGGAGCAGGAAUCCAUGAUGGGAAGUGGGGGGACUGUGAUGUUCUCCGUUAAGUACUUUUUGGCAACAAAUUUUCCUGUUCAGUACGAUCUACAUCAGAGUAGAAGUAGUGUGGUCAUCUGUGACAACCUUGAGGGCGAAGAUCACAAUGUUGGAAGUACCAGUGAGAGUGAGCGAGGAGCAUGUGCAACCUUUUUCGGAUCUAGUUCUACUGAAAUAAGUGGCCGAGAUGUGAUGAAAGAAGAGGAAUCGUGGGACCCUGCUGAAGCAGAAAAUGCUUGGGGAAAUUCUGCUACACUCUACUAUAUUCCUAAUCCGAACACGAACGAUCAGCCGAUCAACUGCUUUGUUGACCUGGAGACGGUGAGAAGGAAGCUAUUCUAUAAGCAAUAUGCAAACGCAGAAGAAUUCGCAGAUGAAAUUAGAACGUGGCUUCACUUGCCACCCGAAUCUGUAGAGCCCAUUUCUAUUCCUUCCGAAGAGAUUGCUGGCAUGGAUGAAGGCGACAUAACCCUAUACGUCCUUGAGAAAGCUACUCAGAAGGCGAUGGAACAGUCACAUUCGCUGUUAGGGGAAGUCUCACUACAACAGCAGCAUCUAAUUGAAAUGAGGGAUAUGCGAGAAAACGCAAAAUGUAAUAAGAAGAUCCCACCUCCAGUCUUACCGGCAGUUUGGGGCUCUGUAUCUGCUACCUUAGCAAAAUGUGGUUCCGUUCCAAUUUAUGAGCGUUCCAAUUUGGAGAGGAUAGAUGAAGGCGACCACACGAAAUUUGAUGCGAUUGGUGGCCUCAAGAAUAGCGUAAAGGUUACUGUAAAGGGUGAAGGAUCCAAUGACUGUGAGGAAUCAGCUAACGUAUUACAAAUAAAGGCGGAAGUCGAUUGUAAUGAAGGCGCUAACUUGGAGGACAGUACAUUGAAUACAGAUCAGGACGGUACGAAUGAGCCAUUAACGCACAUGGAACAAGUGCAGCUUGCUGAAGAUCUCAGGUUGCUCGAUGACAAUGAAAUGGGCGGUGUUGUCGACAUAAUUUUAGAGCAUAACCCUCUAACGGUUGAUGAAAUUCCAACUGACGACGAACCCGAAGCUAUUAUUCAAUUCAAAGAUCUCAAACCAAUAACGUUGCAAAAGGUUGCAACAUAUGUGCAAUCGGUGCUAACCAGUACUUCAAACUGUGAAUUUGUUUUACUGAUCUCAAAUUCCAUGUCUCGAGAAUUCUCUGUUGCAGCACCGUUUGCUGAUUACUACGGUCGAGCAGAAAGUGUUCAUGCUGAUGAUGAUAACAGAUUCUCAUCAUCGUCAUCGACAUCGAUCUCAUGUCAUUCUUCAAGUUCGUCCGAUACCGUCGCAUUUGAAAAUUCUACUAAAGUCGAACCUCUUUGA